CGACGACUGGCGUCUUCUACUUCUUUCCGACCAAGCCAUUUUUCUUGUCUCUUUUGUUCUCUCUUCAUUUCACUUUGUCGCUCACCUUCACCUCACUUCACAACCACCUUCAGAGCCUGAACGAUCUCGUCUCCAAACCUCGAGUUCGCCUGUUUUCUCUCCACCACCUCCAACAUUGCGGUCCGAGGCGCGUUUGGGAGGUCCUUUCAGUGUCUCUUUCUCUCGGCUUCACCACCACGAACCUGCGGCAUUCGUCUCUUUUUGCAAAUUUCUCGGGGCUCACAUUGUUCGCCUUCCUAUACGAGCACAAUGGAUUCCUCAGACGACGACAUGCCCCUCUCGGGAUCAAGAAAGCCCGGCCGCACCAAUGGUGUCACAUCUCUAUCUUCUUCAAAGAUCUCCUCUAAAGUCGACGCAACUAUGGAUCGACAGGUUCCUACCAAUGGCGAAACUAUGCCCGGCAUUUCCAUUGCAAAUGGUGAUGUGAAAACGCAAGAUACGACAAUGACCGACGUCAAUGGUUCUCUGACAAACGGUGCACUUGUCAAGCGCAAGGCACGGGAAAGCAAUACGCGUCCAUCGUAUGCAGAGGCCGAAAGUAGUAGCGAUGAUGACCAGCCUCUUAGCAAGAAGCGAAGGACGACUACGACCGUGGAAUCUGAUUCGGACGACGCUCCUCUGCUUCCAAGAUCAAAAGCGAACGGCAAAUCAGUUCAGAAGCCACCUCGUGCCACUGCUGCUCAGAUUGGCGAGUCCUCCGACUCCGAUGUUCCCUUAGGAAAGAAAUUGGCCAAGGAGAAGCAACAGAUCGAAAAGGCAGCGGAAAAGGAAGCCAAACAAAUCCGAAACAGAGAGCAAAAGAAAGAAGCCAGCAAACCCAUAAAGAAAGACACACCAGCUAAAAAAGUGAAGAAGGAGGACUCCUCAGAUGAUGACAAACCAUUGGCCCGAAAAGUGUCUGCGGCAACCUCUAAGAAGGUCAAAGCCGAGUCAUCCACUCCUGGAAAGAAACCUGCCACGAAGGCAAAAGCCGUUAAAAAGGAAGAGACUGCCGAUCCGGAGGAUGAUGAAGACGAGAACGAUGAAGUCAAAUGGUGGGAGGACCCUACGAAAGGUGACGGAACAAACAAAUGGGAAACGCUCGAGCACAACGGCGUUGUUUUUCCUCCUCCCUACGAGCCACUGCCCGGCCAUGUUAAGUUGAAGUACGACGGCACACCUAUUCAUCUCCAUCUGGAAGCCGAAGAAGUUGCUACAUUCUUCGGGUCAAUGCUGAAUUCAACGCACAAUGUGGAAAACCCGACGUUCCAGAAAAACUUCUUCAAAGAUUUCACCGAGGUUGUAAAGAAGACUGGUGGUGCCAAGGACAAAGAGGGCAACAAAAUCGCUAUCAAGGAAUUUACCAAGCUAGACUUUAGGGCCAUCUUCGAACAUUACGAUGCACAAAGAGAGGCCAAAAAGGCUCUUCCGACUGCAGAGAAGAAGGCCAUCAAAGCCGCAAAAGAUGCCGCAGAAGCACCUUACAUGCAUUGCAUAUGGGAUGGCAAGAAACAAAAGGUUGGCAACUUCCGAGUAGAGCCUCCUGGUCUGUUCCGUGGCCGAGGCGAGCAUCCAAAGACUGGGCACGUGAAGACAAGAGUCAUGCCCGAACAAAUCACAAUCAACAUUGGUAAAGAAGCAACGGUCCCUCCACCGCCGGAAGGUCAUAAGUGGAAAGAAGUCAAGCAUGACAAGCAAGGCACUUGGCUUGCCAUGUGGCAGGAGAACAUCAACGGGAACUACAAGUACGUCAUGCUUGCUGCUAGUUCCGAUGUGAAAGGCCAGAGUGACUUCAAGAAGUUCGAAAAGGCACGAGAGCUGAAAAAGCACAUCGAUCGGAUCAGGAAAGACUACAGAAAAGAUCUGAAAUCAGAGCUCAUGGCGGAUCGUCAAAAAGCCACGGCUAUGUAUUUGAUCGAUCAGUUUGCUCUUCGUGCGGGCAAUGAGAAAGGCGAUGAUGAGGCUGACACUGUUGGCUGCUGCUCUUUGAAAUACGAGCACAUUACUCUGCGCGCGCCGAGCACUGUCAUCUUCGACUUUCUCGGAAAAGACAGCAUCCGGUUCCAUGAGGAAUUUGAAGUCGAUCCACAGGUGUUCAAAAACCUCAAGAUCUUCAAGAAGCCGCCAAAGAGGGAAGGUGAUGACAUCUUCGAUCGGUUGACAACAACUCAGCUCAACAAUCAUCUCAAGAACUACAUGGCUGGACUCACCGCCAAGGUCUUCCGUACAUAUAAUGCAUCUUUCACCAUGUCCAAGCUGUUGACUGAGAUGAAAUCCGAGGGAACCAUUCUUGAAAAGCUAAAAGAUUACAACGACGCCAACCGCAAAGUGGCCAUCCUCUGUAAUCACAAGCGGACUGUGGCAGCGUCUCACGCUGGACAAAUGGAAAAGCUGGGCGAUAGACUAAAAGCUGUCAAAUAUCAGCAAUGGCGCAUCAAGCAAAUGAUGCUUGAAGUGGAGCCAAAGAUCAAGAAGAAGAAGGGAGCAGAAUACUUUCAACUCCCCGACGAUAUUGACGAGGCGUGGAUUCUUGAGCACCAAGCUUACCUUGUUGAAGAGCUGAGAACGAAGAUCACGAAGAAAUUCGAAAAAGAGAACGAAAAGCUCAAAGAGGAGGGUCAAAAGCCAAUGAAACAGUCCGAGCUCAACGACCGUCUCGAAGCAGUCAAGGACCUCGAGAAGAAGUUCAAGAAGGAGAAUAAGACCAAGAAGGUUGAGCCCGAGGGCAAGUCACCUUCCGUAGAGAAGUUGGAGGAAAACGUCAAGAAACUCGACCAGAGGAUUGCCAAUAUGGAGAUCCAGGCAGAAGACCGAGAGAACAAUAAAGAGGUGGCAUUGGGAACGUCGAAGAUCGUAAGUUGUCGCUUUGGAGACAUACCUGUCGCACAAAUUGCUAACUGCUCAAACAGAACUACAUUGACCCCCGGUUGACUGUCGUCUUCAGCAAGAAGUUCAAUGUACCGAUCGAGAAAUUCUUCUCCAAAACUUUGCGUGAGAAGUUCGAAUGGGCCAUCAAGUCUGUCGACGAGCACUGGACUUUCUAGGCAGUCUCCGGCGAACUAAAGCAAUCACAUAAUCGACGAUGCCGUCCGCAUGCUCUUGAUCGUGCAUCAAUCCAGACGACGUUUCUUAGUUUCAGCUCUGACGACUUCAGCACGACCUUGACAGCAUGAGACAUGAGUAACGGAACAUGGACCCUUUGCGUGCACCAACCUUGUCCAAGCAACAAUCCGUUCUUGAGACUAAGGAGAGCAUAACACCAAUAGCUCUCCUGUUCCUGAUAUCGCUUUGCACUGGUAUUGGAUGAAAUUCAGGCAUCACGGAGGGUUCGGUGCUCUCCCACGAAGACAAUUCGUGAAAUGCGUGCGUGCUGGUGGAGAACUGGGUUCUACGUCGUGGGUGGGCGACUCAUUUGUCACACUCAUGAUGGCCAUUGAUCAAGUCGAGGAGAGAAGACAGGUCAUUAUUAAACGAGUUGACAAGAGCUAGAGAGCAGUUUCUUAUUGCUCCAAGAGUCAAUUCGUUAUUCGUUUCAGCAAAAGGCAGCAUUAUUGAGAAUUAGAACUAGUAGACAUAAAGCUCGAAACUAGAAAAAAAACAAGUACAAAAUACUCGCUCGCGAAUUGACAGG